GAAGCGGAGAGGCGGGGAGCUGCUUUACGCCCUGCCGGGGCGGGCGGGCAGCCAGCACCGCACGGGCCUGGGCCCGGGCCCGGACCCCCACCCGCAGGACUGCCUCUGAAUCGCAGUCCAGAAAGAAGAAACGAUCAUCUUGAUUUGAACGUUUGUCUCUAAGAUUAAGAACAAAACCAUGCCAGUGCUUUCGGAAGACUCAGGAUUGCAUGAAACUUUGGCCCUUCUGACAUCUCAGCUAAGACCUGAUUCAAAUCAUAAAGAAGAAAUGGGAUUCCUUAGGGAUGUCUUCAGUGAGAAGAGUCUCAGCUACCUGAUGAAGAUUCAUGAAAAACUCCGUCAUUAUGAAAGACAGAGUCCAACUCCUGUUUUACAUAGUGCAGCAGGAUUAGUUGAAGAUGUAAUAGAAGAAUUGCAGACCACACCAGUGAAUAAUGAAGAGAAAGAGCUACUUCAGCUGUUGUCAACACCACAUCUCAGGGCAAUGCUCGUAGUACAUGACACCGUAGCCCAGAAGAACUUUGACCCAGUCCUUCCACCUCUACCCGAUAACUUUGAUGAUGAUUUCGAUGAGGAAUCAGUGAAAAUUGUUCGGCUAGUGAAAAAUAAAGAACCCCUGGGAGCUACCAUCAGAAGAGAUGAGCAUACAGGAGCUGUGAUUGUGGCAAGGAUCAUGAGGGGUGGUGCAGCUGAUCGCAGUGGUCUUGUCCAUGUUGGAGAUGAACUAAGAGAAGUCAAUGGUAUUACUGUGCUUCACAAACGACCGGAAGAAAUAAGUCAGAUUUUGGCUCAGUCUCAGGGAUCAAUAACAUUAAAAAUAAUUCCAGCCAUCAAAGAAGAGGAUCGUCUAAAAGACAGCAAGGUGUUUAUGAGGGCGCUUUUCUGCUAUAAUCCCAAAGAAGACAGGGCCAUUCCCUGCCAGGAAGCUGGGCUGCCAUUUAAGAGACGGCACGUCCUGGAAGUUGUAAGCCAAGACGAUCCCACAUGGUGGCAAGCAAAGCGUGUUGGAGAUACCAAUCUCAGAGCAGGCUUGAUCCCCUCAAAACAGUUCCAAGAAAGACGAUUGACUUACAGAAGGACGAUAGGCACUCUGCAGAAUCCCAGAACUGUGAAGAAACCGUUAUAUGAUCAGUCUUCUGAUAAAGAAGACUGUGACUGUGAAGGAUAUUUCAACGGACAGUACAUAGCUGGCUUACGCAGGAGCUUUAGGUUAAGUCGUAAAGAGAAGGAGAACAAUCUGAAUGAAGGAAAGCAAGCAGAGCAGGCAGACGCAGCAGAGUUCCUAACAUAUGAAGAAGUCACAAAAUAUCAGCAGCAGCCUGGGGAACAGCAGAGGCUGGUGGUUUUGAUUGGUUGUUUGGGGGCCAAAUUAAGUGAGCUCAAGCAAAAGGUGGUGUCAGAGAACCCACAGGAGUAUGGUGUUGCAGUUCCACAUACAACCAGGUCAAAGAAAAGUCAUGAGAAAGAGGGAGUAGAAUACAAUUUUGUCUCUAAGCAAUCAUUUGAGACAGAUGUGCAGCAAAACAAAUUUGUGGAACAUGGAGAAUACAAAGAAAAUCUGUAUGGUACAAGUCUUGAGGCAAUCCGGUCCGUGAUGGCCAAAAAGAAGGUUUGUUUGGUGGAUGUGGUACCUGAAGCAGUAAAGCACCUGAGGACUCCUGAGUUUAAGCCUUAUGUUAUUUUUGUGAAGCCUCUCAUUCCAGAAAAGAAAAAACAUGCCCUAAAAUCUCCCGUGUCAGAAGAAAUCUCAGCCCCCCUUCAGGAUGAAGAACAGCAGGAAAUUAUUAAUUCAGCAGCAUUCAUUGAAGAGCAGUAUGGCCAUUUAAUUGACACUGUACUGGUGAAAGAAGACCUCCAGAGUGCAUGCAAUCAGCUGAAAACUAUGUUAGAGAAACUAAACAAGGAUUCAUUUUGGGUGCCAGUCAACUGGGUUAGGUCAUAACUUAUCAUCUGUUUAAGGGAAAGAUUGUAUAAAAAUGUAUUGUAAAUAUAUGGAUUUUAAAAGGGAAAUAUGUCAACCUCACUUGAAAAUUGCUGGUCUAUCUAGAAGGUAACGCAAAGACUGCAUGAGGAAAAACUGAACAAAGUCCAAAGCUGACACUGCCUUCCUGAAUCCAAAUCCUUAAUAGCAGCUGUCAUUUAAAAGUGAAUAUUCAGACUAAACAGAUCAGUAAAAGACUGGAGUGACUUUUAGACUGUAAAUAGUGCAUUUUGUACAGUAAAAUUGCACAGAGGGUCCCACACUUCCAAAGCAUUUAAGUAGCACUAGGCCACUAACCAUCUGGAAGUUUCAUCCUUUGGCCACAAGUUUUGUGGCUAGAGUGAAGGUAGCUGAACAAGGUACGUUUCAGGAACCGGUCUGCCUACAGAACGAGCUGCUUCAGUGAGGUGGGAGGGAUGUCCUUUGGAGACUGUUUACACCAUGUCAGGUACUCAAAAGUUCAGCUGGCUGACAGGCCAGCAAAACGUGGUUCCCUUCACUCAAUCAUCAGUUGCCAAUCCUUUCCAAUUACACACUAAAACUAGGCCAGUUAUGUAAGUAAUAUAUACUUUAGUGGCUGAGAGAUGUGGGGAGGGGGGAGAGGCUUAUGUCCAGCUCACACUUCCCAGUGCUUCCAAGCUUUCUUGCACAGGUAUGAGUCUGUUCAGCUGUAGCUUAUGCCCACUUUACCCAUCUCUUCCUACUGAUGCAGGACAAAUGUGUCAGUGAACACACCUGCAUGACUAGCCAGCUCAUAAACCAGACAUUUUUAGUCUACAUGACAUUAACUGCAUAUGAUCUACAAAUAGGACUUUUAAGCAGCUUGUUUUCUACAAGCUAUCUUUGCAAAUGUCACCUCAUGGGACACGACCUUGACCCCAACAGAACAGCUCUUUUGAAAAUGCCACUAAAAGGAGAAGGCUGAAGUACCAAGUACCAAGAUGGGUCCAAGGCAUCAUCCUUCCAGCAUUUAUGACUACUUCUGUGUUAAGUCAGGUAAAGCCUUCCAGAGUAUCUAAUGGGCUACAUCAAGUCCUGAAGAAAUCUUAACUGUUAGAGGAUUUUGUAUACUCGAGUCUCCUGAAAUAUAUACAGGAUUUUUAGAUCGGUGUUGAUAAGAAAAUGCAGAGAGAUGAUUCUGGAAGCACAUACGCUUUAUAAUUACUUGAAAAAAAUUUUAGUUCAUACAGGUGCAUGUUAACUGAAACUAGUUCCAGUUUUGUUGCCUGCUGAGGUCUAAUCUUUCCUGUGUACUAUGCCCUUCAACAAGGCUUUUUUGACCACUGGUCUAAUUUCUUUCAUCUUAAUAGUAUGAUGUUGUUCCAUUGCAUUUAGCAAAACUAACAACAUUGUGUAUUAAAAGCACAUUUCUUA